AUGAAUCUACUUUUGCAAGACCCGUUUCUAGUUCUAAAAGAAUACCCAGAAAAAUUAACUAAUACUCUAGAAACCCCAUUAAAUACAGAAUGUGUUCAAUUUAGCCCUAGAGGAGAUUAUUUAGCAGUUGGAUGUGUUAAUGGUGCUGUUGUUAUCUAUGAUAUGGAUACGUUCCGGCCCGUCUUUGUUCUUGGCUCAAGAUUAGAUGCCCAUAGAAGAUCUGUCCAAUCAAUAGCUUGGUCUCCAUCAGGUAGAUAUAUUCUAACAGCCUCAAGAGAUUGGUUUAUUAAACUAUGGGAUCUACAAUCCCCACAACAACCCCUACGACAACUCCGAUUUACAGGUCCUGUAUGGAAUGUGCAUUGGAUUAAUGCAGCAAAUUUUGCAUGUGUGGCUACUGUAUUGGAAGAAAAGAUGGCAUAUUUGAUCGAUUUUAGCCUUAAUGAACCAAAUUUUGCUCAGUUAGAUACGGGCCUUGAUUCUAUAAUGGAACAAGAUCAACGAUUUGUAAUCACGUCUGUAGUGCAUCCAAAGUAUGAUAAUAUUCUUGUUACUGGCACAUCGAAAGGUUGGAUUAAUUUUUAUCUAUUAGCUGACUCAAAUUCUAAUGAAAAUGUAAAUGAGACAAAAUUAAUCCACAGCGUGAAGAUUGGGAAUUGUAACAUUAAACAAAUUAUUAUUUCAGAAAAUGGUGACAAGUUAGCAAUCAAUGGUUCUGAUAAAACUAUUCGUCAAUAUGGAUUCCAAAUAUCAUUUGAUAAUGAUAAUAUGGUUGAAUUAGAUUUAGAGCACAAGUAUCAAGAUGUGAUUAACAAAUUGCAAUGGAAUAAUAUUAUAUUUAGUAAUAAAUCUGCAGACUACAUUGUUGCAUCAACCCAUGGCUCAUUAGCUCAUGAACUUUAUAUAUGGGAAACUAAUACUGGUACUUUAGUAAGAGUGUUAGAAGGUGCUGAGGAAGAACUUAUGGACAUUAGCUGGAAUUUUUAUAACAUGUGUCUUGCAAGUAAUGGUCUAGAAACAGGUUAUAUAUAUAUUUGGUCAAUCGUAGUACCACCUAAAUGGAGUGCAUUAGCUCCUGAUUUUGAAGAAAUUGAAGAAAAUAUUGAAUAUCUUGAAGGAGAAGAUGAAUUUGAUGAAAUUGAUGAGCAAGGGCAACAACAAGAUUUGGACCAAGCAAAGGAAAUUAAAAUAGAUUUAUUGACACAAGAAAAAUUUGAUGUUAGGGGUAAUGAUUUAUCUAUGCCUAAGUUUAUUAUACCGAUUCAAUAUCAACAAAUUUUGUUAAUGAAUUCUCAACAUUUUGAAGAAAAAUAA